AUGUUGACUGAUGGUCGCCCGUUCUGGAUGCUCGACACAUCAGUGGUAUUCAAGACAGUUGGAUGUGUGACGAAUUUCUACGAGGGAGUGAACAAUGGCACGGCGCCUGACUACUUGAUGGAGGGCUACGUAACCUCCAGACAGGGCGACUACACCGAUCCUACCACGCUCGGAUACCUGCCGUACCCCGCAGAACUCGCGCGCCAAAACCAGCAUGGGGCCUCGCACAUCUUCAUGCGCCCGAGCCGAGUCACCAAGCUGGCUGGGAAAUGGUUGUUGCUGUGCGCGCUGACAAGGGACUGCAUCACCCCGCCGACCGCUAUCCUCAAAUGCAAGCGGGAAAACUUUGGAAAGGGCUGCCAUCGCUACGACCAAAGUGCCCAGAAUUGCGUUCGCCGCGCGGUGCUGCUCAAGCAGGAGCUGAUCCACUACCCGAGCAUCUGCGGGAAAACGAAUCUGUAUUUCUUUGAGAAAAUGAGCAUCCUGGGCACCAACAUCACCUGGGAGAUUGUCGAAGAAGAUAUGCGAAAAGCCUUUCAAUCAGAAGCCCGCCGCGGACCCAACCAUAGCUAUAAGCAAAUUGGCGAGGGGGUGGGAUUCCUGGCCCGCAUCGCCCUACUGACCUUUGAUUGGCAUGGGGAUGGAGCCGACAAGCUACCACCCACUGCCGUCGUCAAGAUUUGUUCGAUGGAACGUAGUGGGACUGAUGGUGAUGCCGACAUGGCGGCGGCCAUGAGCGACUACGAGCUGGCCGUCUACAGCGCCGCCGACGCGGGAGACGGAAAGAUUUUUGCCGCCGUCCCGAAGCCUAAGUUCUAUUGCGGCCGAACAUUUGAUACGGGCACUGGCUACUUUGCCAUCGAAUUCCAAGACAACGUGACGAACACGAGGAUUUGGGAAAACCUGCCCGACUCGGUCACCAACCAGGCCCUCGAAUAUAUUGCCGAUAUGACGGCCAAAUCCUUGAAAUAUCCGGAGCUGGUCGAGCGCUGGGACGACCCAACGUAUGACAAAUUGUGGGCCGACUUGGCGCAGCGGGAGAAAGCCGAUGAACGCCUACAUCGGCUGAAGGGUCAGGUGCCGGAAGCAUCUGAUUCCAUCGAUAUACUCCUGGCGAAGACGCCAAAGAUUCUGGUGAACGCCUGGGCACGGUGGAUGGGGAAUUGCAAAAAGCCCGUCUUCUGCCACAACGACAUGUGGGCCCCGAAUUUGCUGCACAGGGAUGGCAAGUUGGUGUCGGUGAUCGACUGGCAGCUCUGCCACGCCAACACCCCGGUCGAAGAUCUGAUUUUCCACCUCUUCUCUUCGCUCCCCCCAGAGGAAUACGUUAGCAAGUAUAUCGAGAAACUGCGCUUCUUCUACGAUCAGCUAGAGGCAAAGAGUGGUGGCAUGGAGUUGUGGGAUGAUUUUCAGCAGCUGGUAGACGACUACGAACACCGCUUCAUCACUAUCAUCCUCAUCAUGCUCGCCUGGUUCGCCGAUGCGCGUGUCGAUUUUCUCGCCAACCCGGCUGACAAUGCCCAAAAGCCCUUCGACGCCAAGGUCGUAUUCCUGGCCAAGGAGGUCGUGCGAUUGUGCGAGAAAUGGUAUCCG